AUUUUUCUCCCAGGCAAAAGCCUUAAUCGUAUCUGUCUCGUUUGACCAUCUUAGCCGAGAACUUGGACUAUUUUUUAGAAAUGGCAAAAAAAAAAUAUUAUGCAUUAUAUUCAGCCAACUGAUGUGUUGUUUGUAUUUUCAGCCAAAAUUAUAACCAUGUACAGCCAUUAUAGAAAAACAAAAGGUUGGGGUCGAUUUGUCAAAGAAGAUAAAAAGUCAAAACAUGUAAUCUCCUUUAUAAAUAAACACAACUUUUCAGCAAAAUAAAGUAUCAUUUUCGUCGUCAGAGAUGUAUCAGUACCGCUUGGUUUGGUUAGUUACUUUGAUUAUUCUAUUGUUCAUUGGAUCAUCAAACUCAGCUUUCGCUCGGAUACCAUACAAGUCUUCCACAACAAAACAUGGAGAUAGGGUUUGGGAUCAAAUCAUGAUCGGAGAGAUCAAGAUUGACGCAGGAGGUAGUAAUUCAAGACCUGCACGUCAAAAAGACAAUCCAAGUCCUGGCGCCAAUAUGUAGCGACAAUUCGUUUCCAACUUAUUGAUGAUGACUUUCUUGGACACUUUAGUUGAAUGUGUUGCUCCAUAUAGAUUCCAAUUCGGAUAUACGAGAAUAUAUCAGAUUUACGCAUUGUUUAUCUACGCAGUCUAAAAUACAUGGUUUUAAGUUUUUUAACGUUAUCGUAAGAAAAAAUGUUUUUAUCAACAAAAAAAAAAGUUGUGUAGCAAAAGUUAUUUUCCUUUGUAAAUACAAACAAAAUCAAGAUUUGUUCUAUCAAAA